CUGCGCACCCGUGCCGCCGGACAAGAUCUAAUAUGGUGGCCCUGUGAAUGCAUGGUACACGUUGCGAGGUCUCCUCUGUCCGACUUGCGGCUAUUUAUUUCCCCUAAAAUUGAGUACCACUCUCAUUUCGUCUCGCACUUAUUCAUCUAACCUCAACGGCACCACGAUGGCGGAUUCAAGUUUAGACCAGUUCUUCGCGAAGAAAGACAAAAACAAGAAAAAGACCAAAGGGAAAGUGACUUCCGAACAAAUCGCCAAGAAGAUGGCAGAUAGUGGCGAGAGCGCCGAGAAGACCCUCAAGAAGGACAAGGACAAACAGGAGAACUCGUCGGGAAAGCUGUCCGUCACAAUCCCUUCGCUUGCUCAGGGCGAAGACGAGUGGAAUGACUUCGAGGAGGAGAAAGAAGUGGAUUACAGCGGUCUGCGAAUUCAGGCACUCACAAUUGCGGAAAAAGAAAAGGAGGAAGAGGCAGCAAGGGAGCAGCUGGACGAGGAUGGUGAGGACUGCCAGCAGUCUGGUGACCAGCAGUCUGGACCCUGGAAGGUGCAGCAGCAGCAGCAACAGCAGCAACAACAGCAGCAGGCUGCCGCAGCGGAGCAGCCGUCUACGCCACCCCCUGAACCUGAGCCGCAAGCACCACCACCCAAGACAGAGCCUGAGCCCAAGGAGACCCGCGGCACGUACCGGCCACCACACCUGCGCUCGGGUGCCACUGCUGCUGCGCGCACCGCUGGCACGCAGGGGUCCCGUCGACCUGUGCGCCAAAAUUACGACUUCACCAGCGAAGAGCAGUUCCCCACCCUAGGUGCUGCCACCGACACCAAGGCACCUAGGCGGGAAUAUGCCGACCACAGCUUCACAUCUGUCAAGCAUGGUCUCCGAAACCGGGAAGACCCCACGCAGCAUCACCUGCAGCUCGACUUGGAGAACAAGUAUUCCGCCCUACAUCAAACUGAUGGCAACUAGGCUACUGUGCUGCAGACUUUUUUGUUGCAAAGGAGGAGACUGUCAUUGCAGUCCUGUCUCCUGCCUGCCAUCGUCAGAAGUGAGGACUACUACACCACAGAAAAAGAGCCCCCUCCCCCCUUGACAUUACCAGUUUAUUGCUUGAGGGAAGAAGGUGGCAAGGAGAUGUGAAGACAUUCUGCUGCUGCGACCCCCUGCUGCUUGAUUUCACACCUCCUUUUAUUUUUCUUAUGUUUGUAUCUUUUAACGGCCUUUGUAACCUGCAGUUGCCCCCUAAGUGAUGUCCGGAACUAGCGCUCUCGGUUUUUAGCUCCCCACCCUUUGUCUGCUAACCUCUCCUCCACCCCAUUUGUCCUCUACCUCUUUUUUUUUUCUUGUUUUUCUUGCUUGUGUAGCCCUGGACCAUGCAGAUGAAUAAUCUCUGCACUUGUGGAGCGGCAGUAACCUGAGGGAUGCCUUUUGCUGGAAGCAGAGGUGCAGUCUUGCGCACAACUUUUGAGCUGCGCUCUAUUUUUCAAGUGUCAAAGUUUUUUUGUGAAACCUGGUAGUGUGCUUAAAAGCUUUAGGCGGGAGUCUGUGCCAUGCCGGCAGGAAGGAGUGGUACGCUUACAAUGGGGAAAGAAUAGCCGUUGCCCUUGCUCGGCCGGAGUGCGGUUCCCUCCGAGAGUUGUUGCACUGUGCGACGUACCGCAGUCUUCUAUGUGUGCAUGUUUUUAUGUGCCACCGUGAAAUGAAAUGUUCUGUGUUUCGAGUAAGGUUUUGCGGCGAGGUGGUACGUAUAUGACAGUGCACAAGCGACCCUCCUGUCCUCUUUUUCUUUUUUUUUAAUUUUUGAUGUGGUCUGGUUUUAGCCAUGUUCAGUCAUUUUGGAUGCUGCCACAACUGAGUGAUGAAAAGUGUUGGGCUGAACACGAGUGGACCAAGACUUCUGUCCCAAAGGAUACGCUGCCUGGAAAAAAAAAAAGGAAAUACCGUCUGUAAAAACUGCAGAGCGUGACAGCAUUGUGAUACGUAGACUAAAAUAGUUGAGGUUUGAAGGACACCAGUUUAAGUAGCUGCGGUGUUACUGGGAGAGCGAGGAGAGAAACAAACAUUUUUAUUUUCGUCGCCUCAGCUAUCUACCUGUGCAACCUCCAAGUGCCCUUGGUUUCACGCUGCGGACCUGUUGAAGCUGUUGUGACUGGGAGCUUGUGCCAGGUGUCUUGCAGCGGUCUCCUGGUAAACUGUCAAUAUAAAGGUUAUCAAACCUAUCUUGCAAGACUAAGCUGUACCGAAAGAUGAGCCUCUAAAUUUGAAUGCCAUUCAUUGACAUUUAGGUUGGAAGUUUUGUGAACACCUUUUCAUUACAGUGUAGCAGUUUGGUUUAGUCAGUGCUUGAAUUCGCCAGCACUGCGAGGCAAGGAAGCUAGAAGGUUUUGUCUUGAGGCGUGGUAUUGUUGAACGGGUGGUUUAUGUUGUUGCGAGUGGUACUUGCAGACAUUUUCCGAUGUUGAUAGCUCAUAGGAGGCAUUGAUUUCGGAGCACGGGUCUCGACAGUGCAAAGCUCUGAGCAGCAGAAUCUACUAUACCAACACAGGUCUUAGAAUUAAUGGGAAGGUUUGGAUUAUUGUAUACCGUCUGACAAUAUUUUGAAGCUGAUGUGUUGCUAAUAUGAAAUUGCCACUACGGAAAAAGAUUACCAGGUACAGCUGGCUGGUUUUGUAUUGGAAGCUCUGUACUUUAAAACACUAUUUUAUGCAAUGUUUCCUUCAUAAUGUAGGUGUUAUGAAAGUAAUGAAAGUAAAGAAUUACAAUCCACCCGAG